AUGAAGUCUCUCACACAGAAUAACAAGAAAAAGGAAGAAGUUAAUAAUUAUGAUGAUAUGAAUACAAAAAGUUCAACUGUUAAUGGCAUCAAUAUAAACGAUAUAAACAUAAAUGAUAUAGAAGAAAAUGUAAGUGAUCAUAAUAAUGAAAGAAAAGUUAAAAAAAACGGGAAAGCUAUCGAGUAUUAUUUAUAUGAUGUGGAGGCUUAUAAUGGCAAUAAUAACACGACAAUAGAAAGUUUCGUAGAUUUAAGUUCUAUAAGAUCCAAUUAUUUAUCUGAGAAUAGGAAAAAAAAAGCUAAGAAAAAAAAAAGCAGUUAUAUAAAAAAACAGUUAAAAAUUUAUAAAAAAAAAUAUAAAAUAUUACCAGAACACAACAUUGAUCAAGAUACGAGUUAUGAAGAAUCAGUGAAAAAUGAAAAUAGAGAUUAUAAAAUAUAUGAUCUGAAAGAGAUAAAAACAGAUAAAGGAACGAAUGACUUUAGAUCACAUAUACGUAAAGAUACUAUCGGUAUAAAAAAGAAUGUUUUUAUAAAUGUAACCAAAUUUAUUAUCCUAGUUUCCUCAAUUUUCUCAUUUGGUACCUUCAGUACAACUAUAACGAAGUAUAUCAUAUUCGUAAAAAAGUUUAAUUAUACACAAAUUGUAACACUUCUUGAAUUUCUAAUCAUGUACCUAAUUCUCAGAUUAGUAAUUUUCUGUAGCAAAAUAAAAAGUUCAACAAAUUUAACGAGGAAGGAAUAUAUAAAAUAUAUCAUUUCAAUUUCAGCCCUACUAGGACUCAGUGUUGUAACAGGCAAUAGCGCCUACUCCUAUUUAGAAAUUCCUGUAAUUUCAGUCAUUAAAUCGAGUUCUCUAAUAUUGAUAUACUUCUUAUCAAUCAAAUUUGGUUUGAAGGAAUUUAAGUGUUCUUUGCUUUGUUCAAUUCUUACAAUUUUGAUGGGGGUAAUUAUGAGCAUCACAACAUUGAAGAUAGAUAGCUUGUUUGGUAUAUUCCUUUUACUAAUAUCUGUCAUUACCUCAUCCCUUAAGUGGGUUUUUACUAAUGUUUUGUUAAGAUCAACAUCUAUGAAACCGCACAUCAUUUUGUUACACAUAUAUCAAAUGGCCAUCUUUAUCAUACUUAUACCCACACUUUUGAUCGAUAUGACUUGUAUUAUUAAAGAUUAUAAUAGUAGCCUUUUAACAAUUGAUCAAAUAUUGUCAGCGCUAGUACUGGUGGUCAUUGGUGCAAUAAGCAGCAUAUUUUUAAUUCUGGCGGAGUUUUCAUUAAUAUCCUUCACCUCGUCCGUAACACUGAGUAUAGUCUUUAUAGGAAGAGAAGCAAUCCUUUUGAUUAUUGGAUCGCUAUUUUUUGGUGAAAACGUUAAUUUUAGUUCAUCUAUUGGUAUAGCAAUUUCGAUGAUUGGUACCAUUCUCUAUGGAUAUGCAUCAAAGUGA